AUGGAAACUGAUCAAUUGGAUCAACCAACUUAUCCAUUAGACUCAUCUACAAGUAAAUUAUUACAGUAUUUACUUUCUCAAUAUUCUGAUCGUCCAUUUGGUUCAGUAAAUGAAAGUCUCACAAUGGGACAAUUUAGAGGGGAAUUACAAAAGGUCUGUGAUAUUGUUGAAGAAGAAUCUUUUAAAAUUUGUCCCUAUAUUACAAGACAUAAAUGGUUAUUAAUUUCAUUAUAUUUUGUUGGAAUAAUGGUAUGUGGUAUUUUAAGUCCAUUAGCAACAAUUAUUGUUUCCUUAAUAGGAACAAUACUUUAUUGGUUGAUAUAUGAAAUGCAAUUUUCUGUUUUAGAUUUUGUUCUACCAGGUAAGCAAUCUUUAAAUCUUUUUGGAGUAAUAAAUGGGUCUUUGCAUGAAGAAGAUAUCCCUAAAAGAACAUUGUUAUUCGUUUCUCAUAUUUCUGAUAUAAGAAAAGAUUCUGGAGUUAUGUAUCAUCUAACAGGAAUUUUAGUUCAUUUUAGUUUAUAUAUCUUAACUAUAUUUAUCUUAAUUGGUUUUAUCAUUGGAGAAGUGUAUAACAAUUUUGUUUUGAUACCAAUUGCUUCUAUUAUUUCUACUAUUAUUCUUUUUUUCUCUAUGUCUAUGUAUAUUGAAGGAAAAAAAAAUAAAGUAUCUGGACUUGCUACAUCUUUAUGUUUAAUGAAAUUAUCCCAAAGAUUAAAAGAAGAUAAUUCUCCAGUAUUAGAGAAUUAUUCUGUUAUCUUUCUUAUAACAACUUCUAUUGGAGAACGUCAUGAAGGAAUUCGAGCAUUUUUAAAGAGACAUAAAAAAGAUGAACGGUUUAAUCCAAAAAAUACGACUAUUAUUUGUUUAGAUGAACUUGAUGAUUCUGAAACAAUUUCUUGUUAUUCAAAAGAAGGAUUUCUCUUUAAAAAAUAUGAUCAAACAUUAAUUGAUCUAAUAAAAGAUGCUAGUGAAAGUGAAGGGAUUGGUAUUCAAUGCGUCACAAACAGAAUUCAUCAACCAUUUACUUUUGCAAGUGAAUUUAGUGGAAAAUACUCUAGGGUUGUUCCUUUGACUGCUAAAUGUAGAAGUGUCAAAAGGAAAUUUAGGGAAGAAAAAGAAAAAAAUACUAAACAAGAUGGUUCUGUUAUUUGUGUUCAUGAUGACCAAAUGAAAUGUGUUAAUGACUGUUCUGUCCUUCUAUUAAAAGUAUGUAAAUUAUUAGACACUUCUAUCAGCCCUACUCCUGUUAAUAAAAAUAAACCUUUGAAUACAUUUUCAAUGCAUCAAAGCACAAUGAAUCAAAUAGAUGAUGUUCCUAUAGAAUUAUAA